AUGGUCGUCGCCACUAUUAAAUGCGUUGUUGUCGGUGAUGGUGCUGUGGGAAAGACAUGUCUUCUGAUAUCCUACACGACAAACAAGUUCCCUUCCGAAUAUGUUCCCACCGUCUUUGAUAAUUAUGCCGUCACUGUUAUGAUUGGCGAUGAACCGUAUACGCUGGGACUUUUCGAUACUGCUGGACAGGAGGAUUAUGACCGUCUCCGCCCUCUUUCAUACCCCCAGACCGAUGUCUUUUUGGUCUGCUUCUCCGUGACUUCCCCCGCCUCCUUCGAGAACGUUCGCGAAAAAUGGUUCCCCGAGGUUCAUCACCACUGCCCCGGUGUCCCUUGCCUCAUCGUCGGUACGCAGACCGAUCUUCGCGACGAUGCCGCCGUUCGCGAAAAGCUUGCCCGGCAAAAGAUGCAGCCCAUUCGUAAAGAAGAUGGAGAUCGCAUGGCCAAGGAGCUGGGUGCGGUGAAAUAUGUCGAGUGCUCUGCCCUGACUCAGUACAAGCUCAAGGAUGUUUUUGACGAGGCCAUUGUUGCUGCUCUUGAGCCCGCCCCCAAGAAGAAGUCGAAAAAUGUUCAUGACUUAUGGAGGAAGAGAUGGAAGGUGUUCGAAGCGCAUUACGUUGAAUAUUUUGAACGGCCUAUGGAAACUGCGCGCAGACCUACUGCCCACGGCUCGUGGGCAGACACUCAGAUCUCAAUGAUUGCCAUCUUCGACACCCCCAAUGCCCUUUCCCUACAACCAUGGCAUUCAUUGACUGAUACCCUAAACGUUCCAAAAACCCGUGUCGCACAGACAUUUUAUAUUGAUGAAUCACCUUUACCUUGA